AUGACAGUCACGGACCAACAACUCAACGAGCUCUUGCCAGCAUUUAAGGAAUCCUUGGGCUCUACAGCCGAUGGUAUUGAAGACAUUCAUCUCCAACAAUUCCUUCGUUGGAAACCCAAUGUCCAACGAGCCACCGAACGCUUCAGGGCCUUUUGUCAAUGGAAAAAAGCCAAUCCCAGUCUCUUUGAUGAUUCCUUGCGCCUGACCAAAGAUGAUGAGUUGCUGCGUCUGAUAAAGUCUCAAGUCAUUGUCCAUCCACCCGGCUGCACUACCAACACAGGGAGUCCCAUUUUGAUUGGACGAUUGCGGAACAAUGACAUGAAGGAUGGCCGAACCGUUGAAGGCGUCUGCCGAAUGAUGUUUUACAACAUUGAUCGCAUGUUGGAAAUGCCAGAAAGUUGCGACGAAGGUAUCACCAUUCUACACGAUCUCAAGGGAUUCAGUCCCUCCAAGAAUGCCGAUUUGGGGAUUCCGAAACUCUUGUUUUCGGCCAUUUUUGGUCAUUUUCCCAUCCGCAUCAAGAACAUUUAUCUGUUGAAUGCACCCUUUGUCUUUUAUGCCUUCUUCAAGGCCUUGUCUACCAUGUUCUUCCCAGCCAAAGUCAAGGCGCGAUGCGUGUUCAUUAGCAAGGUGGACGAUCUGAAAGAUGUCAUGGACACGGAUUUGUUGCUAAAGGAUGUUGGGGGCAAGGCAGAACUAGAUUUGGACCGCUGGAUCGAGGCCAACAAGAAGCGGGAACAAGAUGGAUCGUUAGUGACAAUGACAUCUAUUGAUCCAAGAGCAUAG